CGAAGAACUGCGACACCUGUGGAUUUUACCUGGAAGUGGAUAUCAAGUAGGAGAGCCGGUGUUUGCUCUCCUACCCCUGCAGGAGCCCAUAAUUCAUGCCUGGCUUUGAGCCUGUGGUGCUAACUGGCUGCUGAUUGCCCACCCAUACACUGGGCUUUCUCCUCAUGCAGAAACUGGCUUCUUCAAGGGGAAACCAUCUUAAUUAGAUUAUCUGUCAGAGGCCUGGGCCUGUCUAGACCACCCAAUACACAACCGUCAGCAUCGUUCCCCCCCCACUACUUUCCCGCGGUCCAAUCUGAGGAUGCCUCUCAGGUACGACUUACCUGCAGGAACAGUGCAUGGUAUUACCACACCAUUAUGGGUUCACAAAGAGUUUCCCCACCCACUCUGUAAUUUGGUAGAGAAAAGAAGCGUAAAAGGGGAUUGUUAUGUAAUGUGACGUUUUACGCACUUUCUCAAGCACGUUCCCCAUCUCACUAUGUGUAUUACUUUUGUGCUCCUACAGAGCUUGUUCUUUUUGAGAAAAUAGCAACACAUUAUACUUGACCACCCUUUCCACUCCAUUUCUCUUAAUUGCGUCAAAUGACUCGCGCUGAGUGUUUACCGUGUUACACAAACACACUAAGUGGCAUUUCUGCCAUCGGUUAUGUAUGUGUCAAUGAUAUUUAUGCCGGUUUCUGGAGCCACAGCCAGAGCCCGAUCUGCAGCAGGAAAGUCCGUCCAUAUUUGUUUUAAAGUCUCUUAGCAGUUAAUAAAGGCGCAUUUCCUCCUUCCCCCUUCCUGUGGGGACGGUAUCAGGGCUCUGUUAAGUCUCUUUGAUUUCCAGCACCCCUCCAAUCACAGCUGGACCCUGACUCAUCAUUGUGUCACUUCAAAGCCUGGGAAUGGCCCUCCUGGCUCCACCUACCAAAGGGUCCCCCUUAAAAGUCAUGGUCACUCUCUCUGGCAGCAUCCAUCUGAUGCGACAGAACGGAACUGUUUGGACUCACCUUAAGCUGCUGGAUUUGUCUUCAACACAUGAGACGCGGGGGUGGACGGCGGGGGGGCUACGCUUUUGGAUUUAUCCAACAUUUGGAUUACUUGUCAUCCUUUCAUGCAUAGAAAUCCCAAACUUCUCCUGUCUGGCCACUGAAACUGGAAAAUGCAGUCCAUCAGGGGUGAGUUCCCGACGCCUUUUUAUUGAAUUGUAAAGCAGAAUUGAACCUGUCCUCCUCAGUUCAUCCCUGAUCAAAAACUCAACCCCUUUUGGUGUCAAAUGUCUAUAGUAAAUCUUACUUUGCUGCAGAGCUGAAGUCUAACUUCAGCGGUCCACCUCCUGCCUCCAUGGCCGCUGGCCCUGACGCCUAUCUCCAGGGCAGCAUCAGGAUGACUCUGGAAGACCUUGAGCUGUGGAAGACGUUCCAUGAAAUUGGAACGGAGAUGAUAAUCACCAAACCGGGCAGGUGAGACGGGGCUUUUCACACAAAAAUAUUCAGAAAGAUGUUUUCCUCAUUUGUGUAUUCUCUCUUGUAUUUUAAGGAGGAUGUUCCCACACUGUAAACUGAGUUUAUCUGGUCUUAUUCCGUGUGCCAAGUACAUCUUACUGGUUGACAUGGUUCCAGAGGAUGGCUUCAGGUAUAAGGUAAGGCCUAUAAAUUAUAACUGUGUUGUCUUGACUUGUAAAGAUCCCUCUGUGGUUAGCAGAUACCCCCUGUUCAUCACCCCCCUCCCCUGACGUUGCACAUCAAAGACCCCUAUCUCUUCCUGUUUUUCUAUCCCCUGCUGGGACCUCACUGUACUACCCCCUGCCUCCAUGGGUGGUAUCCUCCAGCCGUCACUCUCGGAGCAAUCGUGGGAAGUUAGGGAAGAUGAAGUUUCUUCUGUAAAUCACCUUUUUUCAGAGGCUGAUUGACUUACGAUGCGUCUCCUCCCCUGCAGUGGAAUAAAGAGAAAUGGGAGGUGGCAGGAAAAGCGGAGCCUCAGCCUCCCUGCAGGACAUACCUCCACCCAGACUCUCCGGCCCUGGGGAGCCACUGGAUGAAACAAAGCGUCUCGUUCCUCAAGCUCAAGCUCACCAACAACACACUCGACCAGCAUGGGCAUGUGAGUAUUAAAUAAUCAAGGGAUUUUCCAGUUUAUGUUGAGUUUAAAAAGAUCUUUGGGGUACUCUUACCCUGACUUGUCUGCAGAUCAUCUUGCACUCAAUGCAUCGCUACCACCCUCGUUUCCACGUUGUCCAAGCAGACGACCUGUUCAGCGUCCGCUGGAGUGUGUUCCAGACUUUCACCUUCCCAGAGACGUCCUUCACCGCAGUCACUGCCUACCAGAACACCAAGAUCACAAAGCUGAAGAUCAAUCACAACCCGUUUGCAAAGGGUUUCAGAGAUGAGGGCACUAAUAAAAAAAGGCGUGCAAACAAAAACCCUGCAUGUGUAGAAAAAAGGGCCAAGAUACCAGGAGUGUUGAACGAGGACUCCAAGGACAGCAGUUCACCAGGGUUCUGCCAGUCAUCGUAUGAUGGUUACAACGGAGAAGAGGGCCGCCUGGUCAAAAGGAAAGACGAGGAUGCUGUAAAGGAAGAGCGAUACUCCCCCUGGAGCGCCGAGAGGCAGCAGGGUGUGAGGACCGACUCUCCCGCCAGGACGGACACAAGAGAUAUCUACAACACGGAGCAGCUCGUUCCCGCUCCUGCAUCCUACCAGCCGUUCAGGGCCCAUGAGUACAGAAAGUCUCCAUCCCCCUCCUCGAGCGUUGGCAGCAGCAUCACCGGAUCUGGACGGAGCAGCUUCGAGCCCAGAGUUCCUGACAUUGCCACCGUCCCCGAUCACGACUCCUCUAAGCCCGGCCCUUCCCACUGCGGGCCCCAGCCCCUGCCGGGCCCCCAGGACUACAGCGGAGUGCUGAACAUGACCAUGGCCCAGGCCGGCAAGCCAGGGGUCAUCGGCCACCACAUUUACAGCCCCUACAGCACGGAACAGCCGCUGGGCCAGUGGAGCGGGCCGGGACCUGCGCAGUAUCCCCCUCCUCACCCUCUGACCGCCGACUACACCUCGCAAGCUGUGCACCAUGGCUAUCACCAUGGCAACGUGGGCGAAUGGAGCCAAUAUCCGUUGUUCUCUUACUCCUGCUGGUGAGCAGGCUCUUCAGUGUCAAAUGAUUGAGAGCUUAUUAAAUCUGACGGCCGACGUGAGGCACACAGACCCGACAACGCAUGCCCCAAACGACGCUGAAGGCCUGAUACCUGUGGCAAGAGGAAGGAGGAGGAAGAGGAAGAAAUGUGGCCCAGUGGGCCUCGACUUUCAGGAGACACCAAAAUCUCUCCAAACAUCGGAGCCCUGUGGGAUGACCGUCCCCGUCUAUUUAUUUCAUGUUUUGUCUCAUCUACGGCGUAAAUGUUAUUUUUGUACAGAAAAAGAAGAAUUAAACCUAAGUGUGCAAAUUAUGUGUGUCUAUGUCUUGUAUUGUGAAGUGAAAAUAAAAAAAUCUUAUGCAAUACUAUUUCUUUGUUGUCUUGCGUUCUGAUCUUCAUACAUUCCCAGCACAGACGCCGCUGACCGGCGCUGCCUUGCAGGGAUGGAACAUUUAUACUUCAUGUCAACUCAAGACUGAGCGUAUUCCGACAUAUACUAAAUCGUCCAACUUCACAUCAAAGGUUUAGAUGUAUUUGCAGUGAUUUUACU